UUUUUUGCUAGUCUUGAAAAACAAAUAUAAAGAACAAGAAUGCUUCUCACCUCACCUAUCGCUUCCGUUUCAUGCUUUUCAGUUUCUUUCUCACAGGCUCACGAUAUUCUCAGACCCUCUUUCCCAUAACUCCGAGUUUUUACAAUAACGAUUACGAAGAAUCUCAAAUGAGAAAAUAUGAGAAGGCCAUUGAAACAACCACACAAGAAUGAAGAAAACCUCUUCGAAGAAUUACCAGAUGAUGUCGUCGUCUUCAUCCUCACGAAGCUCAGUUCAACUGCCUCUUCAUCUUCCCAUUUCCUCAACAUUCUCUCAACAUGCAAGAGAUUCAAACAGUUAGGUCUUCAUCCUUUGGUUUUAUCGAAAGCGGGGUCUAAAGUUCUUUUCGUUCACCCUAAAAAAUGGUGUGAUAACUCUCACCGUUUUCUUAAACGCUGUGUUGACGCCGGUAGCGUGGAGGCUUUUUAUACUCUUGGAAUGAUCCGAUUUUAUUGUCUUCAAAAUCGAAAGAGUGGACUAUCCCUAAUUGCGAAGGCAGCAAUGAAGAUGCACGCGCCGGCGCUUUACUCACUCGCUGUGAUUCAGUUCAACGGAAGCGGUGGCUCUAAGCACGACAAAGAUCUACGCGCUGGAGCGGCACUUUCUGCACGCGCGUCGUCACUCGGCCACAUCGACGCGCUUCGUGAGUUUGGCCAUUGUCUUCAAGACGGUUACGGAGUGAAACAGAACGUUACCGAAGGACGACGGUUGUUGGUGCAGGCUAAUAUUAGAGAACUGUUGCUAGUCUUACGCGCAGUUGUGGCGGAGUCGCCUUCACGCGCUGGUUUCUGUCAGGAAGCUUUGCGGAGUUUGAAAAACCUGGCUGUGCCUUUGAUAAAUACUAGCAAUAACGAUGAAAAUGGUUACAACGUGACGGUGCCGGAGGUGCAUCCGGUGAACUGGUUUUUGAGGCAGUGGUUUGAGUCUGGGAGAGGCACUUUGGAGGAAGGGUUGAGACUGUGUGCGCAUAUUGGAUGUGGCCGUGUGGAGAUGCGGCCGCAUGAGUUUCGGCGGUGCUCCGUUUGUGGUACGGUGAAUUACUGCUCCCGUGGUUGUCAGUCACUCGACUGGAAACUGCGGCAUAAAAUGGAGUGUUCGCCGUUAGAAGGGUGGUUGGACGAGAAUAACGGCGGUGGUGAUGAUGGUCCUUUAGUCGGUGGCGGCGGCGGCGACGAGAAUCAUGGGAAUGACGUGGCGGUCUAGAAUGGAGCAGUUUAUGAUAAAAAAAAGUUUUAAAGAAAAAACUACAGCAGUGUAAUUCAUGUAUUUUUUUUUUUUUGUUUUUUUCUUGUUUAAAAGAUUACUUAAAAUUAGCAUAACUUGUUUGAAACAGGUAAAAGAGUAGACGUUCUUGAUUCAAAAUUUUAUUAAUUGCAUUUUAAAGCUAGUCCUAUUAAAAUAUUUGAAACCGAAAUUUUGGUAGCGUUAUAAUGAUGAAAAGAAUAGGUGCAUUCGGAAUGAAAAAGAAAAGGGAAGGUAAAUGAAUAAUGCGAAGAAUUGGAAGUGAAAGGCAUAAAGUGGGAAAUCCAAAAGCAUGUUGACGAAUUGUGCUUGUUGUGUGACCCAAUUUUAUUCGUAUCUAUAUAUAGUGGAGAGUGAGUACAUCCAUUAACUAUUUUUUGUUAAAGGUAUGGUAUCAAAAAGAAAUCUAUGCCAGGUUAGGGUAAAGUUAACCACGAAUUAAGGUAUAUAAUGAAUAUUUGAAUACUCUAAAUUGCUGCUGCUAAGUGCUAACUGCUAAUGCAUGUGGUGGAUGAGUAGCAUCCGUAUAAGAUAUUAGCAGCCAACAACUAGGGUACGUGGGUACUUCACGUUCAUGACACUUUUUGGAAACGGGCUUGGACGAAUAUCGAUGUAGUUAAAAAGCCCAGGCCUUGGUGUGAUAUUUUCAAGAAGAGAGUGGAAAGGAACAUCACAAUUGCAGUGUAGUGCGCAGGCUACAGGUUAGUUACGUCACUGUUAUUGUCGCUACGUUGCAGAAGGAGGCUUUCGUAUUCAUGCAUGACCGAGUUAGAUGGUAACUUACUAAUGCCUUAGGUCCACAUCAAUUGCAUUUCAAAACUAC